AUGUUGUUUGUCCAGCGUGCGCGGCGUGCGGCGCGUGCGACGCGGAGAGCGCGGCCGGCGCUGUGGGCGGGCGUGCUGUGCGUGGGCGGCGGCGCGUGCCUGGGCGGCUGGCCGGAGCGCGUGGCGCGGGAGCUGUCCGCGCGCGCGCCGUCGUCGCACCGGCUGAAGACGCACGCCGCGCCGUCGCACGCCGAGCGCCGCUUCGCCGCGUGGAUCGGCGGCUCCGUGCUCGCCUCCAUCGGCUCCUUCCAGCAGAUGUGGAUCUCCGCGCAGGAGUACGACGACGCCGGCAAGGGACAGUUGGACAGGAAGUGCCCGUGAAAUAAUUAUCUGUCGCACCGUGAUCACCGAGAAUCAUCGUUGGUGCAUCUAGAAUCUUUCAAAAAUAGUGAAAAAUGUUUAUUAACCGCCGAUUCUAAAGAACAAUCUCAACUGCUAACUACUCAUAAAUAGAAUAUUAAAAUAACUCAUCUAGAAGCAUGAUAAACAAACUAUUCUAAUUGGUAAAUUUUCGCUACAAAUGCAACAGUAGCGGGUAAGAUUCUUUAUAGGAAUUGUUAAUUACUGUGAGAAUACCAUUGUUUUCUAAAAAAAACUUGUGUAAAUUUUAUAUCAAUGAGUAUUACUCAAAAUAAAUAUACGCAACGAAAUAGUAUUUACAAAAUAUUACGACGAAUAAUUGUUUUAGACAGAAAAACAUAUAUUUCGUUACGUACAUAUAUUUUGAGAAAUAUUCUAAAUCCGAAUCCGAAUAAAAUGUUUUCCACUACUCUUGAAACACCCUGUAUAGGUAUAAGGACUACUAUUUAUAGUUUAAGUUUUAAACUAGUGUAGAAAUUGCCGUUUUGGUCUAUUUUCUUACUGGCAACAGUUUACGCGCAAUAUCUUUCACCUUCUGUAAGUUAGGGACAGAGGUCAGGCAAAGUUUUAUUACGAGAUUCAUUAACAAUAUAAAUAUCUCUUUUCGCCCGCUCACUUACUCGAGGUGACUAACAUUUGCGCGUGGACUAUGCAUUUCAAUUUUUAUCAAUGUUGACCAUAAAAUCGGUCAUUUUAUUACACUGACAUUGUCUCGCCGUGUCCGUCUGUAUGUAUAAAAAUAAAAGAUGAUUUUAAAUAUUGAA